UUAGUUAUGGGUAGCUAAAAUCGCCGGCUGGAUAGCAGCCAUGUACAAUUUGUCUCUGUAAGCCAUAUAAAUAGAACAGUGGGGAGUAAGCGCCCAUCAGUCUUCAGUCUUCUUCGUCCUCAAAUUCAAAGGGAAGCGGAGGCAAUAGAACUCGAAAACAUCACCCAAACACAGAGCAGUGUGUUUGAACUGAAGUAUAAACAAUAUCAAAACCAAAAUGGCUCUCUCCAUCUCCAUUUUUCAGCCCCAAAAAGUCUCCGUCAAAUUUCACCAUAAAAAACACUCGUUUCUUUCGUGUCCUUCUUCAAUCUCAGUACCAAAACCUAGCACCAGCUUACCAAUUUUCCCCAUUUGCCAAUCCACCAGGUCCCAGACUGGACCAGUCAAGAAAGGCUCCUCCUCCUCUUCGUCCGCCUCUGCCAACCAGAAGAAGAGGAAGAAAAGAAGCAAAACUGGAGGCAGCGAUAACUUGAGGGAUGUCGAAAUCGUUAAAGGUGAGGUGGAUAAUGAUAAUGAUGAGGAUUCUUACACAUACUCAAAUUCUAGUUCAAAUUCGAGGUCCUUGUCCUACCUUCCAAACACGCCGCUGCCAAAGCCGCCCGCGGGAUUCGUGGUGGAUGAAAGUGGGAGGGUUCUCAUGGCUUCUGACAAGCGGAUUGUCACCAUCCUGGGGCUGCAGAACUAUACUAGUGAGGUUGAUUCUUCCAAUAAUCAUCCAUUAGAAUGCAUCAUAAGGAGAGUAUUUAGAAGUUCACAAGGGGAUGAGUGCAUGCUGCUAUGCCCAGUAGACACGCCUGUGCAGAUAUUAAAGAGCAAGAAUAUUGAUGGCUGGUCAGCUGUUAGCGAUGAAGAAGUUGAAGCUAUUCUUCCGGCUGCAGCAUAUGCUCUGGCCAAGAUACACAUGCACCUAGUGCAUAGCGGAUUUUGUUAUACAGCAAGAGGAGGAUUCUGUUACUCUGAAGAUGACAUAUUUGAUUUCCGCACAGAUGAUGGUCAAGAUGUAGAUGGCUUGCCAACUGAAGGUGUGGAAAUUGCAUGCUUCCAUCUGGAUGGUUCUCAUUACAUGAUUUAUACACCAUCUGACCCACUUCUCUUUGUUGCUGUCAAGGAUCAAGAUGGACAAUUGCAAAUUGCUGAUGAUGAUCUCUUGGAGGAUCCUGCUAUAAUAAGCGCGAUAGACGAGGAGACUGAAUUUAAUGCCCUGGUGGAGGAAGAGGCAGCACUUCUAGAAUCAUUGAUGGGUGAAAGAUGAUACAGGUAGUUCGUCUGAAAGAUGAUACAGCCACGUGCUUAGUCCUCCAAGCUAGAAGUCCCCACCCCUAUGUGCCAUCAUGCAUGCAGCUAUUAAUGAGAAAAUGGCACCUUGUGUUUGAAUUUGGGCAAAUGUACUAAGAGAAGAGCACGUUUUAUUUAAUUGGGACAAAUAUAUUGGAGAAUUGAUCAUUGUAAUAGAAUGUAAUAAUGUAUGGUAGAAUGUAAUCAAAUAAAACUUAAAUAUUUAAUUAAAAAUUCAUUCCA